AAUCACUUCGCUCGAAGCGCACACCAUAGAAGCCCGGCUCUACUUCGUAGGCGAGCGAGUAGAGAGGACUACCGUAAAGAGGGGAGUAAAGCACAUUACUAUUGUACAUGCUUUCCCUUUAAUGAGCAGUACGUUAUAUAAUGUCCGAGAAUGUCCAUUUCUGGAACUCUAAGCAACUACUAUGUCGAUUCUAUUAUAAGUCAUGAGGGAGAAGAUCCGAAUGCGUCCCGCUUCUCCAAUGUACAGUACUCCAGCGCUAGACAACCGGGACCCGGCGAGCAUCCCGAGUUUCCCUCUUGUAGCUUCCAGCCCAAGCCUCCAGUGUUCAGCUCUUCGUGGAGUCCAUUCAGUUCCCACGCGUCUAAUGGCUUACCCGCGGUCUACCAUCCCUACAUACCGACACAGCCAGUGCCUUCAACGGAUACUCGAUACCUCCGGACAUGGCUCGACUGUGCCCCGAGAGCAGAGCCGCUGCCCGGGCAGGGACAGGUCAAGAUGGAGCCGCUCCUGGGACAUCUCGGGGAACCGCCAAAACUCGUUGGGCAGCACGAGUAUAUCUUGGAGUCCUCCACAGCACGGGAGAUAAAUUCUGGUCACAGCGCAGGAUUUGAAGACAAUAAGGACAUAUGCGAAGGCAGCGAAGACAAAGAGGGACCGGAUCAAAACGACCCAUCUGCCAACUGGUUACACGCUCGAUCAUCCCGGAAGAAACGCUGUCCAUACACGAAAUAUCAGACCUUGGAACUAGAGAAGGAAUUUCUGUUCAAUAUGUACCUCACCCGAGACCGAAGACACGAGGUUGCUCGUCUACUGAACUUGACGGAGCGACAAGUAAAAAUAUGGUUCCAAAACAGAAGGAUGAAAAUGAAGAAAAUGAAUAAGGACCAGCCCAAAGAAUAACGCAGACUGGUACUAGGCGUUCGAGCCAUUUACAAGGAGUCUUUUAAUCUGGAAGCUGAUACACCGUUGUUUCAAUGCAUUCAAGAGAAAACUCAAACGCGCACUCACACGCCAUUUUCCGUAUGACUGGACAUUGUUAAGUCUAGAGUAAAAGGAAGAGGUGAGAUGAUGAAAACCUCAUGUCAUCUCUCCCUAUACUAUUAUUGCAUUUUAUGACUUGUGUUAAAGAAACGAACAUUGCAUCAGGAAAUAAACAGGUGAUUAAGAACUGCUUUCAACAAGCUAACUAAAUCUGGAAUAUUCUUCUUUUAUAAAGUUGUUCUAUGUAAUUCUGCUUUCCGAUCAUUCCUUUUUGUCAUUGACGUGUGCUAAUAGAAAAAGAAAAUGUAUGUAACACAAGCCUUAUUCUAUAUACAAGGAACGUUUUGCUUCUGUUAAGCAUGUUCAAGAGGUUUGCUAAACGACAAGUGAGUUACAACACAGUUAUUAUUAUUAUUAUUAUUAUUAUUAUUAUUAUUAUUAUUAUUAUUAUUAUUAUUAUAAGCAGUGCUGAUGCCAUCUGUGAAGUUAUUGUUAAAAAGUGCGUAUGCUAACAGGCUUUCAAAACCUGAAGUGUACUAUAAGUAAAUUUGAUAAUUAUUAGCACAAUUAUAAAACAUCACACAUCUUUGGUGACUCGAUUAUAAUAAUAAUAAUAAUAAUAAUAAUAAUAAUAAUAAAAACAACAACAACAAUAAUAAUAAUAAUAAUAAUAAUAAUAGUAAUACUGUCCCAGUUUUUCUUAAGAUGUUUCUUGAUAGCUUCAGUUGUGUUUGUUUUGUUUGGGGUUAAAUUCAAGAAUCAAGCUGAUUAAAUUAAACAAAAAUGAAUCGUUUACCUAUUCAUUUCUGUUAAAAUACUUUCUAAAAUACUUAUAUAAAAUUAGAGUUCAAGUUCCGAGUGUAUGUUUGUAGCGUGCCAGUAACCAUAGAAUUAAUUCGUGCUUAAAUUUAACAAAUUUAAUCACAGAUUUGGUCGCAGUUGUUUACAUAAAUUUGCGCAUGCCUUGUAUUGUGUAGUUUUCUUAUGUACGUGUUAUUGAGAAAAAAAGUAUUAAUUUGCAUCUGUUUUAUGUACCGUAACUUUAAUUUAUUGUAAAUACGUUAAUAUUUUUUUCCGUUUGAAUUGAAUGUUUUAUAUGUUGUAAGAACAAUUUCAAUACUUCAUACUUGAAUGAGCUGAUACAAGUAACCUUUGAUUUUGCUAUUUGUUUACAAGUUUCAUGUAUAUGUCCAGAAUCAUGUCCGUUCUUUGUAUUGUCAGUAAUGUACUUUUAUGUAUUUACAUAUAGCUUUUUUAUUUGUAUGUUUUGUUUCUGUGAUAUGACUUUACUAAAAUAUAGAGCGCGCCUAUCUUCUGAUGUCAAUCGCUCUUUAUAUUGUUAGUGGCAAAUAACAAUUUCUUCAGGAAGAAACAACAGUUAGUGCUGUUUUCUGACACUAUCUAACACAAACAAACAAUAACAUCGUCAAUAUGUUUAAACAUAAUGCAAAGACCCAAUUUAACUCCCAACACAGCGUCUAAAUUAUAGGCUAUUUGUACACAACUGCUCCGUCUCUUUUCAUGUUAUAGUUUUAUUUUUUGUGCCAUUGCACUGUUGAUGCUGGACUCAUUAAAAGUUUACAUAUAGACCACAAA